CCCACCUCGAGGCAUCGAGGUCCCUUGCAUGUCCUAACGCAGCGCUAAAUGACACUUUUAGCUUUUGCGUACUUUCGUUGCCACUCAUCAUUGAGAUUCCGAUAAUCCUCAGGACCAUAUGGAUCCCACAUCUCCGCCAUAAGCCCUCUCUUCCGGCGCGGUUCGAGCCCCAUGUCGCGCAUCAGCAUGUCAAGGUACGGUACUGCAUCGAAGAUAAAGCUGGGAGCUUUAUCGCCCCAGUCCGUGGGAUACCGCCAUUUGCCAAAUCGGUUAUGCAGCACUGUCUGAUACCGUAGUGCGCGCAUCUUUUCUUCGUCGCCGAUCGCCGCCGCGGGAUCAUUCGCCAGGAGCCCAGAGAAGAAACGCUCCGACGGCGGUACGAUGAAGUGAUGCAGCAUAUAGGGCGUCAGCGGCGUCCAGGGCGUUAUUUCAUCCUUUGUGUCGAUCCCCUCCUGAGAUGUCAGCGGGACGUAAUUCUUGUUCCAGACUGGCUGGUCUUUGAGCCGCGGAUAGCGCUCGAAAAUCUCUUUGUCAGCACGUUCGAUGAGAUCAAGUUGGUUUGCGAGGUCUUCUGCUGGGGCGUCCGAGGAACGGGCGUGCGGGAGUCCUAUCUCCUUAUCGAUUCCCUCAGGAAGGAACUUCAUGGGUGGCACAUGUUUCCAUCCGGUAACGGCGAGGAAGGCAUCUGAUUCCAGCUCUGUACCGUCGGUCAGAUGCACCUUACCAGGGCUCAGGCGGUGUACUUCACCCACGUGGAUCGAGAUUUUGUCGCCAUUCCUGAUCAUGUCGAAAAAGUCAGUGUCAUAGUUGAAGAUGCUGAAGCUGGUCCCUGUGAACAUGGGGUGAGUCCAUGGCUUUAGUUUCGCGGUUUCUGGGUGUUUGUCGAAUUCCCCGAGUGCUAUUACAUCUCCGCCAAGUACGUUCCAAAACCCGUUGACGAUGGCUCGGCCGAUAGCAGUGCCGUGGAGGAAGUUGCGGAUGCCACUGUAACCACCCGCUUCACUGAAAAUGCAGGGGCUAAACCAGGUCAGGACGCGUACAUCUAUGUAAAGAUAUUAGCACAAUACUGUAGAAAGCCUUGAGGUGAUGCGCGCAGGUUCCACACGUACUUGCGAGCUUUUCUAUCCAUUUCUUCAGUGGCGUCACAAACGGGGGUGACAUCCAACAUGGCCCACGUCCACUUGCUAAUAUUCUCAUGUUAGUCGUCCGGAUUAAUCAGUCAAUCUUAUUGCAGUACAUAGCACAUACCCCGGAUUACCCAAUUGACUUUCACCCCCGCCGUGGCAUAAGCAUACGCCGCGUCCCAAGCCGACUUGGUAGCACCCAAAAUUGUAACAGACUUCGCUGUUUCCAAAGUAUCUCUAUUCAGCAUGAAAUGCUUAUUAUGGAAUAUUGGCCCGCCGAAUGUCUCCUGGCCGUCAAAAUGCGGCAAGAAUGCCUCAGAAGUCAUCCCCGUCGCGAGAAUGAGCCGGCGCACAAAAACCUGCGACUCUUCCUGCUUCGAAUUUACAACGGUCAAUAUCCAACCUCCGGCACCCGUGUCCUGGUGCUCUGCCACGAUGACCUUGGUCUGGAGACGGAUCAGGUCAGUAAUACCAAACUUGGCCGCGUAUGCCUUGAGAUACGCAUUGAUGACUUCUCCAGGGAUAUGUUGGCGUGGUUUAACACCAAAUGUCUCUGUGUCCAUAGGGAAAUCUGGAUAUUCGUACGUCCCGAAGAGAUUGUUGCUCUUCAGAAGCGGGUAUAAGCGUUUGUCGCCCCAUGUUCCCCCAAGUGAGGAUUCGGAUUCGAAGAUAGCUAGAGAAUCGUCCGGAUUUGUGCAGUGAUACUGCUUUGCGGCACCCAGGCCAUACCACCCUGCAUGACAAAAAAAAUUGUUCAGCGCGGUCUUCAACCACGUCCAUCGGAAACAAAACCAAGGGAGUUCGCUUCUAGUUAGGGUCAAAUAGAAGUGUGCUUACCGGCGCCUACAACCGCGCAGUCAAGCGUCUCCAUCAUUGGGCCAGUGUUGGCCGCGGCACGGUCGUUCAGAUAGCCUCUUUAAUGACAAAGGCGUUGUGUCCCAGGGUCUGCCAGCUGAAAGGAACUUGUCAGUAUAGAAAAGUUGGAAGAGCUGAAGAAUCAGGGACGUCGUGGCAGCAAGAGUAUUCUCUGGUAACACGACACUGACACCAAAAACUGCCAAGGAGAAAGUCUCAUGAGAUGACCUUGGUCUGGCCGGUCGGUAUGGUAUGCAGGUCUUCACCAACUGUAUCCAGAGCGGUGGGCUCCUUCCAAUUAGCCAGCAGGGAGUGUUUCGUCCCUGAGCUAAUAGAGCUAAUGGGAUUGAACCCACGACUAGUCCAGUGGUCCUUGGAAGCUUGACAACCGCGAAUCAGUCAACGGUCACUGCAACGGCCAGGGAUGAUGGAACGGGAAAUGCACCAAGUCAGCGAUAAUCCAUGCGGAUACAACAGCAUAAUCAGUCGACUGGCAUCCACAGACCAAAAGCGCCCACAGUCCUCAAAUCCAAAGACAUUGUCUUAUCCUUCUGUCUUGCCGUGAUUUUCAACCCCUGUAGGCUCGGUGGGUCAAACAGCGCCUAGCACAAGCGUGGCACCACCUGGCUAAUUUUGUGCGGCAUAUCCUUGUAGAAACUACCUGACGGAUGUAACAAACAGCAGUGCUAACAGCCACUUCCAGUUAGUGCUAUACAGAACUAUGCAGCGGAAACGGCCAGCCUUCCGCCGUCUCGCAAGGUGAGGUGGUUCUCUGUGCAGGGAUGCCAAUUUGACAAACCGCUGUGGGCCAGGACAAAAAACUCCAUGUGCUGUGACAAGGGAUAAUCAUUAUCACUCACUCACAAGAAUACAGAGUAAUAAUUGUGAAAGUUGUGCGGUCCGUCUUUGCAUAUGCCACCCAUUAUUGCCGCAUUUUCAUGAAUAAAACAACUGACCCGAUCAAAGAUGGGAAUUGCUACGCCGUAUAUGUGUAUUUGUUUAUUUAUUUUUUUUGCCACUUAUCUGCUUGUUUUUCUAAUCCGUGCGGACAUACUCGUCAGAUCAACUGGCCCCCAGGCCUAUUCCAUUCCCCCCCCUUUUCCUCCCCCACACCCACCCGUGUAAGAAUUGAGUUUGAGUUUUUGAGAGGCCAUCAAAAACUAGGUUCGCGUGGCGUGAGCCGGGCUAAAAUACUUGGUUUUAUUAACUCCUCGUGGACCUACCAUGAGGAACCGAAAACUGCUCUCGCUGACUUUUGUGUCGAUCAUAACUGCAAAGAAAUUCCAUCCUGCCAGAGGGAGAUUUCACAGUUCCUGAAAUGUUUCUGAUGAGUGAUUGAUCAAUUGAGAACAGUGACAAAGGGCAGUGCAUAUCAAUUUUGGCAGGAAAUAAAGUAGGAACACUGCGGCCUCCCUCAUUAUCUCUUCCUCUGGCUGUGUAUGUUCGUCACCCCUCUGCCCUAAUGCAUUUAUGCAAGUAACGAAAUUUCUUCCUUCUGCAACCUCUAAACGUCAUGUCGCUACCUCCUCCAUCUGAUCCCGCUGCUGCUGCCGCUGCUGCUGCGGCAGAAGCAGCCUUCCAUAGCUUUUCCACUGAAGCCUGGACCCUCCUCGCGGUUGCAAUUCUGGUGACUGGUAUUAGGACAUAUGCCCGGGUGACCGCUGUCGGGUUCAAAGGCCUUCAACCGGACGAUUACCUGGUUUUGGUCGGAGCUACAUUCUACACUAUUGAAACUGCUCUCGCAUAUUCUGUCGGAAAUGUAGCCAAAGGGCUUGCCAACAAUGGCAUGACGGACGAACAGCGGGCGGCUCUGUCCCCUGGCAGUCCAGAGCACCGCCUAAGAGUUAUAGGCUCCAAAAUCCAGAUAUGCGGGUGGACGUCCUAUGGGAUAUUGCUAUGGUCGCUCAAAGCGUCGCUGCUGGUGCUUUACAUGAGAUUGACGCUUGGCUUAAAUCGCUCGUACCGGAUCCGAAUAUACAUUGGUUUUGGCUUCAUCGUCGCCAGUUGGGUCGCUGUGGUUCUGAAUCUCUUCCUUGCAUGCCGCCCUUUCCACAAAAACUGGCAGAUAUAUCCAGAUCCUGGAAACGUUUGUCAACCCGCCAUUUCGAACCAGAUCAUUUGGGUCUUCCUCGGGCUCAACGUUACCACAGAUAUGUACCUGCUUAGCAUACCGAUUCCCAUGCUUUGGCAAUCGAGUAUCAAACCCCUGAAGAAAGUAGGGUUGACAAUCCUAUUUAGCGGAGGAUUGCUCGUCAUGGCCUGCGCCGUCCUGCGAGUUGUAAUGAUCGUAAUAGAUCCAGUCAAUGGCGCACAGUCAGCCGGGUCAUGGGCCGUCCGCGAAACUUUCGUUGCGGUAGUAACAACGAAUUUGCCAAUGAUUUUCCCCCUCAUGAAGCGCUGGUUAUCUAGUGUCUUUGGUUCCCUAAUCACUUCAAUGCGCUCGAGUAAGAGGACGGGCAACGAAACACCAAAGGACCUGCGCACUUUUGGUGGUAGUAGCGGCUUUAAUAGCAGCAAUAGACGGGGCCGCGGCCCUCCUACUGCAAACCCUAUCCCGAAUACAACGUUCAGCGAGAGCGAGGAGAGGAUUAUAGAGGAGUACAACAUGCAGGAGAUGAAAAACAAUAAAAAUAGGAGCACCAAUGGGAAUGCGGAUUCGACCCAGCGGUACAACGGCAAUGAUAAUAAGAUCCAGAAACGUAUCGACUUCACAGUUGUUUCCGAGGAUGGUUCCAGCGACGGUCAACGUGCCUCUCCUGGGAAUCAUGAUAAUGGAAGGUUGCAUAAUGGUUUCGACUUUUCCGGCGGUGCAGCGACGAGCGGCUUCCGCACCGGCGAUCGUGCCAAUACGAGGAAUUUUUAAUGAGAUUAUUUUUUUUGGUCCGUUUAUCUGUCAUAAUUCGUACAUAGUGUCAGGUAUGCGAAAAGGGGCGAAUGGCGUUGGUUAUACCUUUUGCUUUUUGUUUUGUUGCGCUUGCGUACGUUCUGGUGGCACACUUUUAUGAUAGACUUUUUUCCAGGAAACAAUGUAUAAGAAUGCAUUGUUGAUAGCAUAGUGAUCCGUUGGCAUGCCGAAUGUCCACAAAGCUUGGUACAUGCGCUGACAAUUGGUAGACGUAGGCGUCGGAUAUGCGCUUAUGGGUUUGAUUUAGUACCUGGGCCCUAGCCAGUGAACAGAGUGGCACUGGCAAUAAUCCUUGUCAAUGUUGACUUGCCAACCCGAGGAACUCAUUCCACUCUCUUUCUUGUUCAACCACCCAGAUUGAUUUGUCUAUAGCCGGAAAGGCCACCCCUAAAAAAUAAAAGGGAAGCGAAACAAUAUGUUGCAAGAUGUCACAAAUAAUAGUGCAAUAAGAAUCAUAAAAAUAAAUCACUUUAAAAUUCUCCUCGUUUCUUCUUUUUCCUAAUUAUAGUUGCAUCGAGA